UGAUAUUCUAUCUUUUAAUUUCUAUUUUGAAGUGAUCGAUAUAUGCCUAGAAUUUGUUAAAAUUUACUCAUCAAUCUAAAAACUAAUUUGAACAAGAAAAACUAAAGAAACUAUUUUACAUGUGAUCACACCCCGAAUAAAUCGUUAUGCAGAGUUAAAAAACGGGAUUAUUAGUGGAACAAGCAAAUAUUACUAUAGAAAUUGUCUAAAAUUGUACAUUUUUUGUUGCAAAUUGUCACACACACUGUUUCUCUCUCUUUUAUCUGAUUGUAAUGUGAUUAGUUUGCCAAGUUGGGCAAAUGGUAGAAGAGAGACAAUAACAGAAGUACUAAAAUUUAAGAGGCUACAAAAGGACAAGUCCAAACAUAUUCACAUACUUAAAAAGCUUUCUCAUAUAUUUUUGUUCUAUAUGUGUGGUGUCUCUCUUUGACUCCUCUCUUCCUAAAUCACUCACUAUUUAUGUAUCCAUCUCUCCACACAUCUCUCUCCAUCCCACACACAUCUUCCUCUUAACACAUUACUAUAUAUGCAUCUCUCAUCCUUAACUUCUUCAUAAUCAACAACACAAAUCCUCUUCUCCGAUCCUGAUCCGUUCUUGAUCUGUGAUCUUGAAUCUCUGGCUAAUGGAAGCGUUCGAAGAGGCCACAAAGGAGCACUCUUUGAUCCUUAAAGGGAAGCGGACGAAGCGACAACGUCCACAAUCUCCUAUUCCUUUCUCUAUCUCCCCUCCUAUAGUUUCUUCCCCGGAACGUAACAUGGAAGAAGAAUUCACUGAUCUUGAUUCCAAGGACAAUGCUUUAGGAAACCACAAAAAGGAUGGUGUGAUCACGUCUUCAUCUUCAUCAGCCUCUUGGUCCUCUCACAACAACCCAAUAUUGAAGGCCGCAGAAGACGAGGAAGAUCAAGACAUAGCCAAUUGUUUGAUCCUCCUUGCCCAAGGACACUCUCUUCCCAACAACAACCACCACGUAACAAACAACAACAGCAACAACAACGCAUACAGAUUUACCAGCAGGAGGUUUCUAGAGACUUCUUCUUCAAACAGUGGUGGUAAAGCAGGUUACUACGUUUAUCAGUGCAAGACAUGUGACCGGACUUUUCCUUCUUUUCAAGCUUUAGGUGGCCAUAGAGCUAGCCACAAGAAACCUAAAGCCGCCUCUUUUUACUCCAAUCUUGACCUCAAGAAGAACAUCUAUGCAAACGACGCCGUUUCACUUGUACACACAACCACAACUGUUUACAAUAACAACAAGAACAAUAACAGUAGAUCGCUUGUCGUGUACGGUAAGGCAAGUAACAAUAAGGUUCAUGAAUGUGGAAUCUGUGGAGCCGAGUUUACGUCCGGACAAGCCUUAGGUGGCCAUAUGAGACGGCACAGAGGCGCAGUGGUUGUCCCGGCGGCGGUUGCCCCCACCGUGACGGUGGCCACGGCUGCGGCCAACACGGAGCUAUCACUGUCUUCAAUGUCGUUCGAUCAAAUAUCGGACGGUCAGGAUCAUCUGGUGAUGCCAGCGAAAAAGAAAGCUAGGAAGACGGUCGUGUCACUGGAUUUGGAUCUGAAUCUACCCGCACCGGAAGAUGAGAAUCGGGUCAACGGAUUCAGCUUUGCUUCAAAGCAAAAUCACGAACAAGAACAUCAACAGAAGAAGCAAAGAGAAGAACCAAAGUCUCUUGUCUUGUCAGCUCCUACUUUAGUGGAUUGCCACUACUGAAUUUACUAUUACAUCAUUAUUUAACCCCCAAAAAAAAAUCAUUUUUUAAUUUUUGGUUUGCUUUCAGAUUGAUCAUUCAUUGUUUAUCUAGCAAACGUGUUUUUUUUUGUCUAACCAAUUCUUUGCUUGUUCAAGACUUGCGAGAUUCUUUUUUUUUUGGUGUCAUUUAUACAGAAAUAUUAAAAUAUAAGCACUUUGUUAGUUUCGAUUUGUUGUUACAAAAGAAAAUUGAAUAAAAAUUGACGUCACGUUCUUUUA